UGAUGGCGCCGUCAUGUGGAGAGGCGCCGGCUGAUGAGGCGGUUCCGCCGCCCGCCCGGACCGCCUCCCCCGGGCCCAACUCGCUCUCCCGCCCCUGCCGCCGGGAGGGUCGGUGCAGGGGGGACACCGCCGGCUCAGGAGCCGCCUCGGCCCUCGGAGGCUGGGACUAGAUUCCUGCCUUUCACAGUGUGUACCUGUGAAAUUCGCAAAAGAACAGCAGGCUUUCUCAAGUAACAAUUUCAAGAUGCCAGGUGGCGCAAGAAUCUCAUUCAACUCUGUGGAUUCCUCACUUUCAUCUUUGAAAAACUGCCAGUCUUACAUAAAUACGGGAAUGGAUAUUGCUACUCACGUUGCCCUUGACCUUGUGGAAAGUUUCAAUGAUGUAGAGGACGUUAACAGUAUGGAAAGUGUCAUGUUAGAAUAUGCUGCAAUGGACAGAGAACUUAACCAUUAUAUGAAAGCAAUUGAAGAAACAGUCCAUCAGAUAAAACGAGAAAAACCAGAAAAUAUACCAGAUCUAAAACAUUUAGUACACGAAAAAUUUACUGCACUGGAGAGCAAGAACACAGACUCAGAUUUGCAGAAGAAUGAGAAAUAUAUAUAUUUUAAGGAUCAACUUAAAGAGAUGAGAAAACAAUUUUGUCCCCAAUCAGAUAAUGAUAAUGAGGCCAUUGAACAAAUCGAUGAAGAUAUAGCUGUGACUCAGAGUCAGAUGAACUUUAUUUGUCCCAUUACACAGGUGGAAAUGAAGAGGCCAGUUCGAAACAAAGUCUGUGGACAUACUUAUGAAGAGGAUGCCAUUAUAAAAAUUAUCCAGACUCGAAAGCAGCAGAAGAAAAAAGUCCGAUGCCCUAAAAUUGGCUGUAGCCAUGCGGAUGUAAAAGAAUCAGAUCUUGUGCCAGAUGAAGCACUUAAAAGAGCGAUUGACAGUCAGAAUAAACAAAGCUGGUCAACACUGGAGAAGUCAGCUGGAUACUCUGCUGCCACAGAGAAAAUUUGUUGUUAGAGGUCUUGUGAGAUAAGCUGCUGAUUGUGAGUAGGUUGUGUAACUGAUUGUUAUUUAAAGUGUUUCAUUUAUAGGCAAAGUUGAAGGUCUCAGCUGUAACUGAAAGCAUUUUUUAAACUGGCAAAUAUGGGGAAUUCGAGUUUAACUUGUUUUUUUUAACCUUCCUGAAAUUCUAAAUCUUGCAUUUGAUAAAUAAAACACGUUUUGCAGCAUUUAA